AUGGCACAAAAUGGACGUCUACCCCGGGAUAUGUCACUACUUCGGCUUCAACACGAACAUAUCACUCACGACUUAUGGGAAGGACGGGAACGAGUUCUUAGACCGAGAAGAGCUGGAGUUUGGAUACUAAACAAUCAAGACAUACUUGAUCCCCGUGUCAUAAAUUUAAUGCAUCAAGCUGGAUUCGGACAUGCCGUGUACAUCCCAGACAUGGAUGUCAACCACUUCCUCAUCAGUUCUUUAUUAGAAAGAUGGAGAUCAGAAACUCAUACAUUUCACUUACCCCAUGGAGAAACCACAGUGACACUAGAAGAUGUAGCCGUCCUGCUUGGCCUACCGAUAGACGGAGAUGUGGUAACUGGUCCCACUACGGUUCAGGACAUAUUCGCCACCUUCCAUGAACACCUAGGUGUCAUCCCACCACCGACUGUGAUAAGAGGGAACUCAAUUAGAGUUUCUUGGUUAAACUCUACUUUCCAACAGCUUCCACCGAAUGCAAACAAUGAGGUUAUUGCUCAAUAUGCGAGAGCGUACAUUCUCACAUUGAUUGGAAGCAUUUUAAGGCCAGACACGUCUGCAGCUAGGGUACAUGUCAUGUAUCUACUUAGGCUAGCUGACUUAAAUGUAGUCAGGAAUUAUAGUUGGGGGUCUGCAGUUAGGGCUUGCCUAUAUCGUUGCCUAGCUCAUGGCAUUCACCUACGCCAAGAAAAUAUUGGUGGAUGCAUGAUCUUGUUACAAUGUUGGGCUUGGGAGAGGAUUACUACUAUAGCCCCACAACUUCAACCUUUAAGUGAUCAAGAGGUGGCUGAUGGGGAUGGUUUCCCUGUCUGUAGAAGGUGGAUGAAUGUAACGCAUCGGAUAAAUCCAGCUUCAAUUUCAGUUACUGAAUUUCGGUUGAGAUUUGAUCAACUACGUACAAGACAGUUCUUGUGGAGGCCUUACAUUCGACAAGAAGUUAGUCGAUUGAUUGUGGUUGACAUACCUUCGGUAUCCAGAGCAACAGUCCCAAUAAUUUGCUUCGCCACAGUAGAAAUCCAUCAGGCAUAUAGGGUGAUGCGUCAGUUUGGUUUAAGACAAAACAUUCCGCCUGAGCCGGUUAACCUGGAUCAAGUUCACAGGGAUGACUUGAGGGGGAGAAACGACAGAGAUUGGGUAGGACAUCAUCACCACUGGAUUACAAUUUGGAAUGAUCGAGAAAAUCGGAUCGUUCAAGGUACACCUUUCAGCGGAAACGGCCAUUUGCGUGAUGAAACACCGUAUAUGCAGUGGUACAUAAACCACACUAUCCGCUAUAUAUCUCCAUCGACAGAAUCUUCCGACGAUGAGUACGAUAUGUCACAACAACCUUCCCAGCCUGCUUCACAACCCUACACUGGCCAUGUUGGGUCUUCUCCAGAUUUCAUACAUCAUCCCCAACCCUUUUUCGGACAGUCGCCUAUGGGUCAGGGUUAA